AUGGGUGCCACUUCUUCAAAACUAAUAGAAAAUUUAUUAGAAGAUACCAACUUUGAUAGGGAUGAAAUCGAAAGGCUAAGAAAGAGAUUUAUGAAACUAGAUAGUGACAGUUCUGGCUCAAUCGAUAAGAGUGAGUUUAUGAGUAUUCCUGGUGUGUCAUCGAACCCAUUAGCAGCCAGAAUUAUGGAAGUAUUUGAUUCGGACAACAGCGGUGAUAUUGAUUUCCAAGAAUUUAUCACAGGUUUAUCUAUAUUUAGUGGACGUGGUAGUAAAGAUGAAAAGCUUAGAUUUGCAUUUAAAAUAUAUGACAUAGAUAAGGAUGGAUAUAUAUCUAAUGGUGAGUUAUUUAUAGUGCUAAAAAUAAUGGUUGGUAAUAAUUUAGAUGAUGAACAAUUGCAACAAGUUGUCGAUAGAACUAUUAUGGAAAAUGAUCUUGAUGGUGAUAACCAUUUAAGUUUUGAAGAAUUUAAAAGUGCAAUUGAAACCACUGAAGUUGCCAAAAGUUUAACGUUAUCUUACGGUGUAUAG